AUGUUGAGUAUUUUUUCUUUCUAUCUCAUUUUAGCUGUUGACCCCGAAGCCACAACAGACUCGCUAAGCUCUGGAGCCAUUGCUGGCAUAGUUAUUGCAGUGAUUUUGAUCGUGUUAGUCGCCAUAGAUCUGUUCUGUUGUUUCUUCAAUUCCUGCGGAUUGUUCUUCUGUUGUUCCCAGGCACUAUGCGGAGGAGGAGGUGGCGCUACAAAGGAUGACUGUAAGUGUUACGCAGGCAUGCGCAGUAGCCAUUUAGCUUGAUCUUUUUUGGUAGAGCGAGUGUCAAAUUUUUUUCGGCCCUGGAUCCGCUACUGUCAGCUAUGGUUGCAAAAAUCACCAUAGAAAUUAUUAUGGUUAGUGCUCCCUGAUGAAAUUUGUUUGAUGUCUUCUUUGUAACUCUGUAUUGUUAAGGACACUAAGUAAAUGACUUUAGCACAGAAUUGACAUCAAACAACAAUAUCAUCGUGACAGACAUAGCCCCAUUCAUUCACAGACUUAAAAGUUGGAACUACAUACUAAAUAAAUAGUACCAUGUGAAAGUACUGCUGAAGAGGUUUCAUUUGAAUGGUAACACCUUGGGAUUUCAUCCACAGACUUAAAAGUUAGAACUACAAACUAAAUAAAUAGUACCAUGUGAAAGUACUGCUGAAGAGGUUUCAUUUGAAUGGUAACACCAUAGGAUUUCGUCCACAGACGUCAAAGUUAAAACCACCUCACAAAACUACUUCAUUCACUCUGGCAUUGAAAGCCGGCGUUCAAAACCAAGCCUACUUCUCGAUCAUUUGUUAUACUGCCGAUAAAAAUAGCUCGUUUAAAGACAAACAAGAGUUUUGUGCAAUUUUCACAGACAGGUUAAAAGUGUUACUAACAAUGUGCUAUUACUAUGUUUUUUUUUCAGACGCCGAUGGCAAGGCCACAGAAAUGGAGAAGUAA